UCUCAUAAAUAAAACCAACCAAAGCCAGAGGAGCACAUCAUGACUUCUUCCUUCACUCACCUCCUCACAAGCAACAUGAACAUGAACAAUUUUGACCAGGACCGAACCGGCAGCUGGAGCUGGGGACUCUCCGACCGUUCAACGGAAGCCGAAAUCCCCAAGUUCAAGUCACUCCAGCCGCCUUCUCUCCCUCUCUCUCCUCCCCCUGCUUCCCCUUCUUCUUACUUGGUUAACACCCCUGGUUUUAGCCCUACUGAUUUUUUCAGCUCACCCAUGUUUCUUGCUAACUCAAAUACUCUUCCAUCUCCGACCACCGGAGCCUUUUCGAGUCAGGUUUUCGAGUGGAUGAGCACUCCUAAAGAAAAUAACAGCCAGCAAGGAGCGGAGAAGGAGCAGAAAAUGUUCACUGAUUUCUCAUUUCAACCGGCAACAUCAUCUUCAUCGUUCAGCGUUCAGCAAUCUUCUUCAAGCAUGGUUUCAUCGGUGGAGGAAUCAUUGAAAAGUCAACAGCAGCAAUCGUGGGGUUUCAACAACCCAAGGCAAGAAGAAAGCGUAGCAGAGAAAACAGAGGUGAAAUCCGAGUUUGCGCCAACUCAGAGCUUCAGCGCUGCUCCAAAGUCUGAUUACACACAUUGCAACACUCAUUCGACUCAAUAUGUGAGGGAACAGAAGUCAGAUGAUGGAUACAAUUGGAGAAAAUAUGGACAGAAGCAAGUGAAAGGUAGCGAAAAUCCGCGGAGUUAUUACAAGUGUACAUUUCCCAAUUGCCCAACAAAGAAGAAGGUGGAGAGAUCAUUGGAUGGACAGAUCACUCAAAUUGUGUACAAGGGAAGUCACAACCAUGCUAAGCCUCAGUCAACAAGACGAUCAGCCUCUCAACAACAAUCGCUUCAAACAAGUUCGUAUGGGAUUUCUGAUCAGUCUGCCUCGACAAUAUCCAAUCCAAAAAUUGAAGCUGUCACGCUGCAGGAGGACUCUAACUCAGCCUCAAUGGGAGGAGAGGAUGAGUUUGAACAAAAUUCGCCGAUAAGUAACUCAAAUGGAGCUGAUGAUGACAAUGAGCCUGAGGCCAAAAGAUGGAAGGGAGAAAAUGCAAAUGAGACGUAUGCAGCUCCUGGGAGUAGAAUUGUGAAAGAACCUAGAAUUGUAGUGCAGACCACGAGUGAGAUUGAUAUUCUGGAUGACGGGUAUAGAUGGAGGAAAUAUGGACAGAAAGUAGUGAAGGGAAAUCCAAACCCAAGGAGCUACUACAAAUGUACUUCUACUGGCUGUCCAGUGAGGAAACAUGUGGAGCGAGCAUCUCACGAUACGAGGGCCGUGAUCACAACUUAUGAAGGGAAGCACAACCACGAUGUUCCUGCAGCACGUGGAAGCGGUGGUUAUGGUGCCAGUGCUAGACCUGCUUCUGAUGCCAACAGCAACAGCAAUGUAUCAGUGGCAGCUGUGAGGCCCUUGGCCUUGCCUAAUCAUUCUAACAAUUUGAGCUACCUAAGCUCUCUUCAGAAGCAGCCAACAUCAGAAAGCCAAGCACCUUAUACUCUCAAAAUGUUGCAGAACACAGGAAGUUACGGAUACUGAGUUCUGAAAGCUGAGGAAGAGAAGGAUGACAAGUUCUUUUGGGCUCGAAAGUCCGAAACAGGACUUACAGAUGAAUUAGGCUUAGAUAUAUUGUAUAGUUGGACAGUUCUUAAGGGCUAAUUAUAUACAGGGUCAAUUGCAUUUGUUUAUUUGUUUUGAGGCCAAUAUAAACCUGCAGUAGUUGGCCUCAUUCUUUAUGUGCAUGUUAAAUUUGUUCAAGUAGAAUCGAGAAUAACAUGUUGAAUGAUACAUUUACCUCUA